AGAGCUACAGAGUAACGUGCAACACAACCUAGAAGUAUGCAAGAUAAACCUCAAGUACCGCUAAUCGUGUUAAAUAAUGGAAGGACCUGCCCUAUUCUUGGGCUUGGAACUUGGAAGCAACUAGGCAAUGUUAUGCUUCGUCAGUCCGCGCCGGGCGACGUGAUGCGCGCGGUGAAGGACGCCAUCGACGUGGGCUACCGUCACAUCGACUGCGCGUACGUGUAUGGGAACGAGAAGGAGGUGGGCGAAGCUCUGAAGAUCAAGUUCCAGGAAGGAGUCGUUAAGAGGGAAGACAUGUUCGUGACAUCCAAGCUCUGGAAUACGUACCACCGCCCCGACCUGGUGGACGGCGCGCUGAAGGCCUCGCUAGCGAACCUCGGCCUGGAGUACCUGGACCUGUACCUCAUCCACUGGCCUGAGGCUUACCAGGAAGGAGGUGACAUAUUCCCCAAGGACGCGGAGGGAAAGGUGAUCCCCUCCCCCGUGGACUUUGUGGACACGUGGAAGGCCAUGGAGGCGCAGGUGGACAAGGGGCUCGUCAGAAGUAUUGGCCUCUCUAACUUCAACAAGCGACAGACGGACAGGGUCAUGAAGGCUGCUAGAAUCAAGCCAGCGGUUGUACAGAUCGAAGUCAACCCUUACAUCAACCAGCACAAGUUGAUUCAGCACUGCCGUUCCCUGGGUCUAGCCAUCACGGCUUACUCUCCGCUGGGCUCGCCCGACAGACCCUGGGCCAAGCCGGGGGAGCCACAUCUGCUGGAGGAUCCUCGUCUCCAGGUCAUCGCCAAGCGGUAUAACAAGAGCGUCGCACAGAUUCUGAUCAGGUACGCUAUAGACCGCUGGCUGAUCGUGAUCCCCAAGACGGUGACUCGCAGCCGCCUGCAACAGAACAUGGAGGUGUUCGACUUCCAGCUGUCGCCCCAGGAUAUGGAGCUGCUGCAGCAGCUGGAAUGCAACGGCCGGUUCUGCCAAAUGGAUGACGCCCACCAUCCGGACUACCCUUUCCACGAUGAGUAUUAAAUAAAAGAUUUCGUUUAAAUAAUUUGUUUCAUUUAUUGAAU